GCAAACGGAGAGACUGAAAGCAAAACGGUGGUCAAAGUAAAUAUUUUCCUCCAUUUUUAAGUAUUUCCUUCUUGCUGUAUUUGUUUGCGGUACCAUGUGGAAAGCACUUGUACUGGCUGCGUGUCUGCUUUUGGCUGGGGCUCAGCCCAUGGAGGACCCGACAUAUGGGGUAAAACUCUGUGGCCGCGAGUUCAUCCGAGCAGUUAUCUUCACUUGUGGUGGUUCACGAUGGAAACGGUCUCUCAGGAGUGCAGAUGAGGAUCCAUUCAGCUCUCAUCAGGAGGAGUCUUCAGAGGGCUUGAAUCACGAGUUUGCGUUGGAAAACCUUAUCCAAAGAAAUAAAGACCUCAGCUUCCCAUCCAGAGGUGACAAGGAGCGAGUGCUCACCAGGCCUGCCCGUUCUUUCAUAACUGAAGAGAUCCUGGAGGCUCUCCGCAAAGCUGACCGCAAAGGUCGGGAUGUGGUGGUGGGUCUGUCCAACGCCUGCUGCAAGUGGGGCUGCAGCAAGAGUGAGAUCAGCUCACUUUGUUGAAGGUGGAUGUAUGCAGCAUGACUGGAUACACUGGCACAUAUUCUUUUUACACUGAUAAACCAUCAUCUAGAUAUACACAUACACUUAUUUUAUUUCCAUUUUAAACUAAUCAAGUUAAAUUGUGUCUGUUAAGUUUUAUUGAAUUAUUUUUAAUGUAACGUGAAAUUUUAUGUUCAAUUGGUAACAAAAUGUGUUCUGUGGUCAUAGCUAUUUGUCUUUUGUUGAUGUGCAUUCUGUUUCUUAUUACAAUCAGUUGCAACUUCUCAGAACUCAAGCACAUAAAGGCUAUAUUGAAAAUGAUUUGAUAAAAUCUGAAGUUCAGACUAAAAAUGUAAAAAAUGGCUGUAUGAUUAAAAACCGUAAACUGCCUUCUUAACAAACAUGUGGUGAUUUCUUUGCUUUUUAACGGACCAACAUUUGAAAGUUGAUUGAAGUGGGCUACAUUUUCAAAA